AACACCAUCGCUUCCGCCUUUUUCUCCCCAGGUUCUCGAAAAUCCCAAACCUUUUUCUCUCUGCUCUGCAGCUUAAGUGCUUCUUCGCUCUCUCCAGGCUGCAAUCUUGUAUUCUAGAGGCUGAAGUGUUUACACUCUUGUCAUUUUCCAAUCGCUCCACCGGACUUUAAUUGUCAGCAUCACUGAAACUAUAGUAUCUUGUUUUUCCCUGACAAUGUGGUUUUCAGUUGUUUGACUCACUAAUUCAUCAGGGUUUAUUGGGAAAGACCAUAAAUGGGUUCCUUUUGCUGCUGUCCAUGUGGUGACGAAUUUGAAGAAUAUGCUAAUCCAAGUAACUCAAUAUAUAGACACUGCAUAUGUCUAAGAUUCUUUUUCCAGCAGCUAUUCAGUGGGUAUACUGCAAUUUCUCAUAGACCUGAUGGACGAUCAGUACCAUCACCAAUUCAAGGAGCUACUUCUUUGGCAUCAUCAGGGAUUGGCACAGCAUUACCAGAUAGUUCCUUAAGUGAUACUCAUCACCCUGUCUCAAGGACAGCACCUUAUGACGCUGAACAAAGAUACUCUCGUUUGCAGCGUGAUGGUUUGGUAUCCAGGCGUGAUAAGUCAAUGACUCACUUCCAGGACGGUUCACAGCCACUGAGAAGAAAUAUAAGCAGUUCUGGUAUGGAGCCACUGGGCUUUGGAAAGAAAAAUUAUGGAGUUGAAACUGAAGAAGAUGGUAAACUUGCGCAGUCCGAGGCCUCAGAGAAGACUUUGGCAACAAAAGCUGCACAUGGACUAGCUUAUAUACAAACAACUUCUGAAGAUGAAGAUGUCUGCCCCACAUGUCUUGAUGAAUAUACGCCCGAAAAUCCUAAAAUCACAACUCAGUGCUCUCACCAUUUUCACCUUGGCUGUAUAUAUGAAUGGAUGGAAAGAAGUGAAAGCUGUCCAAUUUGUGGCAAGGAGAUGGAAUUCUGUGAAAGCCCAUAAGUUGGUGUGGAGUUUGAUUUCAAAGGAAUAGAGGAUAUAUAUAUAUAUAUAGCGGCCAGGAGUGGGUGUAAAUAAAAAGUUCUCUGUAUCUUGUGAAAAGCAGGCUCUGCACAAGGAAUAUUACUCUUCUUUUCACAAUACUAGUAUGUAACUCCUUGUAACAUUCCUCCCUACUUACUGUAUUGAAUGUUUGCAAUGUUUAUAUUGUCUUUUUGUAUAGAGCAUCUGGCACAGAACCAUCAUAAUGAUUCAUAACCCGCACUA